AUGACGCCAAACCAGGUAGCUGUUACAGUGACAAUGGGCUGCCUGGAUGUUCCAUUCGGCACGCUGACUUACCUCUGUCUUCUUCUCCUCGGCCUUCUCAUGGAAGUCGAAAGCCUUGACAAUGGCUUGGCUCGUACGCCGCCCAUGGGCUGGAUGACUUGGCAACGCUACCGUUGUCAGACUGACUGCGUCAAUUAUCCCAACGAGUGCAUCAAUGAGGAUCUGAUUAGACGAACAGCUGAGCACAUGGUAAAGGAUGGUUGGCUGUCAAAGGGCUACCAAUAUAUUGUCAUUGAUGACUGCUGGCCUGAAAUGGAACGCGACCCGAGCACCAAA